CAUUCUUGCAAGCCUCGUCAGCAGUACUCUGCUCGAGAUUGGAUUCGCAGACGCCCCUGAGGCUGCCAGUGCUGCACACUCGGUAUUCUUCAAGCUCGAAAUGCUGCUUUAGCCUAUACAUAUAAAGAUAGACAACUCUGGAGCUUCACCGCAGCUGCAUCUUUCUCCGCUCCUUGCUUUCUGUUAAGGGUACAAUAUUUCAAGGGGGAAGCAAAAGCCUGAAUUUGUUCAGAUUGAAAGGCUGGGCGGCGCUGGGUGGCAUCAUUUAGCAGGUCUUCAAGCGGACAGCAGGGUGUUCGGAAGCAAGCCAUGGGGGCUCAAGGAGAUGGCGAGAAGCUUGCGUCGUCUUCGAAGCUGAAGUCAGCAGCUCUUUUGGACAUGAUGAAGGAACACAUAAAGGGUCCAGAGGGGAAGGGGCUACUUGAGAAGAUUGGCUUAGUGUAUCAGAUGAACAUUGGAGAAAAGAAGCUCGGGUUUCAGGAAGAGUCGUUUGUUAUUGAUCUCAAAGAGGGCAACGUGUACAAAGGGGCAUACAAGGGAGGAAAGCCAGACGCAACCUUCUCCUUUGCCGAUCAAGAUUUCGUGGCUGUUGCAACUGGGAAGUUGAAUCCUCAGAUGGCAUUCAUCAGGGGGAAGAUGAGGAUUAAAGGCUCAAUGAAAGCAGCUCAAAAGUUUACGCCCGACAUCUUCCCCAAGCCGUCGAAACUAUGAGCACGUGGCUACCUUGGAUCGAUCAACUACAGACGGCAUUGAACCAUUGAACUUUUUCCCUUCGGCUCGCCAGAUAUCCAAAAAGUGAAGGUUAGGGUCGCAAGCUAUAUAAAUAGACAGGUUGCUUUUCCUUUUCUGUUUCGCGCAUGUACUAUAUUGUAGCUAAGUCACUCAGCAAGUCGAUUGCAGGUGACAGUCAUUACAACCGUUCUGCACGACCUGACAGGGGAUGGUUCAGGUACUUUAUCUAACGUCUUGCUACAGAUUGUGAACCAAAUUGUGAUCACGAUGUGCAAUGAAGGUCAGGAUCGUUCCGUCGAACCUGGUCCAAGGUUCAACAUAGCGCCAGGCAUUCGGCAAAACUCGAUCUCCCGGGUUAGAGUUAAGGAAUUGCUUUGCGGUAUGUGAUUCAAGGGUCAAAAUAAACAUUUACUAGGGCGGACUCACCUGUCCAAUCAUGCUCAACGUG